UAUUCAAAUCAGCGCACUCCCUGCGUCACUUGAGACGCAGCCAGCCCCAGGAAGGGACGCCGCCCCACCGCUCGCUUCACAAACGACAACAGCUACUUCCUCCUCUUGAGAACUGCUCCUGUUUUGCGUUCGGAAGAACCCUUCAACGCCGAAACCAUGUCUAACACACCCGACAACGCGAUCGCUCUGUCCGGAAUGAGCGGCUGGAAGCAUCACAUGCUGUCCUGCUUCGACAACUUCGGCAUCUGUGCGCUCACCUUUUGUUGCCCGUGCUAUGUCGCGGGGAAGAACGCUCAGGCCGUCGGGGAAAACUGCCUGUUCUACGGUGCCCUGACCUGCAUCGAGCCGGCAGGGGCGUACUCCCGGGCCUACGUCCGCGCUAAGGUCCAGGAGAAGGAAGGCCUACCAGCCGACUUCGUCUCCAACUUCCUCAUCCAUUUGACCAACCCUUGCUGUGCGAUGAUCCAGGAAUACAAGCAGCUCGGAGGGACGCUGCCAGUUCCCAAGAAACCUGCAGCAGCCGCCGCAGCAGCAGCAGAGCCCGCCGCCAACGCCGAGGCACCGGCCACGGAGGAAGUCCAGCGCACGUAGACAAACUUCGCCGAUACCUGCCCGGGACCAGCGGUCCUUCACACCGUAGCGCUCACUGGGCUGCCACGGAACACCUUGACGACAAACACGGAUAAUUGAACCUGUACAUACCGACAACGCAAGCAGCAACAAGCAAAAAUGGCGGUACUUUCUCUAUGUUUACAACCGAGAUGUGAGCGACGUCUUGUGCUCAGUUUGUUGAACAUGCUUAGCGCCAUGUUUUCCUAAUCUAUCAUAAUCCAGCAAAGGGAAUGUUCUUAGUAAGGGAGGAACAAUGUUCAGCCUGGACAAUUGUUGGGAACUCCGAAUGGUUUUGAAAAAAUAGAUGGAUACUUUGUACCUUUAACAAAAGUGUUGCAAUACAUAUUGUUGCCUGAUUUUGCAUACAUUCUCAGGUUCAGGUACCCCACUGGGCCCCAUGUAAAUGUAAAUCUCUUCUUUCAUAGCGCUAACAAAAUUCGUGCGUAAUAUUGACGUAGUUGAUUUAUGUAGACAAUUAACGACUUCAAUUUUCACAGGGGAGAAUUUAAUUGAAUAUUGUUUUGUUUUUCACAACUUGCCAUCAAACGGCUGAAAAUAAUGUUUAUCAUUAGGGACUGUCUCCUGGCCUGUAUGUACAAGGCUAUGUUUUGGCGCAGAGCUACACAAAAUGACGACUUCUUAAAAACGAAACAAUUUCCUUCCAUAAGGCAAAUUUAUCCUAGAUUCCAAACGAGUAGGCGGAUCGUAAACUGCCGCUUAGCAUCAUCUUGGAUUCGGUGCGAAAUUUAUUCCGCUUUUCCUGAAAAAGUAGGUCAUGUUGUAACUCCGAGAUGCAGUUGACGUCGAGGGGCCACCUUCAACAAACCGUCAUUCCAUGGUCAUAAGACUUUCCCAUCUAUACUUCGUUCUUCAUAGCAAAAACAACAUCGACUAUUAUUAUUUUUUCACUCAUGUUAAUCCGUGUCUUUUGUUCAUUGUCCACCUUUUGAAAAACAUCUCUUUUAGCGGAGAAAAGGCAACUGUGGGUACAGAAAACUCCCAAGCAGGGCCUCUAGAUGAAAGGCUGUGUACGUUUCUCACUCGCCAGCCUCCGUCAGUAGAGUAACAACAUGUUCCCGGCUUCCCUGUUACUCAAGGGUUUCACUUGCAGAAAGUGGUCUGGCGCGCCCGAUCUAAUUUGAUCAGCAUCGAACGGCCUUUUAUCUGAGUGGAUUUUUGCAGCGGCCCCGUUUAAGGCACAGGGCCAAUUCUUGUACUGUACUAGUUACUCUUUCCUAUAUCGUCAUUUACACGACAUGGACACUGGUGAACGCCUUUGAUAAUGUCUUUUCCAUCUUGAAUGUGGGGAAAAUCUUGAUAUAGACUAGACAAAAAAGAGGGCACGUAUUCCCGACGAUUUAGCGAUAUAUAUGGGGUUUUGGUACGUCGACUUUUCUUACAUCAGCUAUGGAUCUUGCCAACCGACUUAACUGUAUAAAAUAAUCACUAUUGACAUUUAAUCAGUGAAAGCCUUUGUAUUGUCAAAAAGUGUGUAUGCCAACAAUGGGUAAUGAAUGGCUUUUAAAAUUUUCAACAUCAAGUUAGCCGUAGAUGUCUGUGUGCUAAGUCAGAGAAGACUGUACAUUUCAGACGCUCGACAAUAUUACACAUUACAGAAACAAACGAUGAAUGUGGAAUGACAAAUUUUCCCUCGCAUCCUGAUUCCAGAGGGAAUUUUUUUACCUGUACUGUGAAUUAAUUAAAGUGCUCCUUUUUAUUUUGUAUUCAUAACA